GUGUUAGGCGAGGUCAACGGGUAGGUUCUCGCGAGAGGACCCGUCAUCCCCAGUAAGGCGUCGUCAGAACAGCAGCUGGUACCGAAGGCGGAGGUGGAGCCCGAGAGGAACCAGCGGGGAAACUGAGGCUCGGGGUGGAGCGCAGGAUUGUGGGACGCGCCAAGGCUGCUGUCUUUCCCAGCAGCAGCGGAAGAUGUCGGACAGCGAGGACAGCAACUUUUCCGAGGAGGAGGACAGCGAGCGCAGCAGUGACGGCGAGGAGGCCGAGGUAGAGGAAGAGCGGCGGAGUGCAGCGGGCAGUGAGAAAGAAGAAGAGCCUGAGGACGAAGAGGAGGAGGAAGAGGAGGAGGAAUACGAUGAGGAAGAGGAGGAAGAAGAUGAUGACCGACCCCCCAAGAAACCCCGCCAUGGAGGCUUCAUUCUGGACGAGGCUGAUGUUGACGAUGAGUAUGAGGACGAGGACCAGUGGGAGGAUGGAGCAGAGGACAUCCUAGAGAAAGCCUCCAAUAUCGAUAAUGUUGUCCUGGAUGAAGAUCGUUCUGGGGCUCGCCGCCUGCAAAACCUCUGGAGGGACCAGCGAGAAGAAGAACUGGGCGAGUAUUACAUGAAGAAAUACGCCAAGUCAUCUGUGGGAGAGACGGUGUAUGGAGGAUCUGAUGAGCUCUCAGAUGACAUCACCCAGCAGCAGCUGCUCCCAGGAGUCAAGGAUCCCAAUCUGUGGACUGUCAAAUGUAAGAUUGGGGAGGAACGGGCCACGGCCAUUUCCUUGAUGCGCAAGUUCAUUGCCUACCAGUUCACAGACACGCCCCUGCAGAUCAAGUCAGUAGUGGCACCAGAGCAUGUGAAGGGCUACAUCUACGUGGAGGCCUACAAGCAGACCCAUGUGAAGCAGGCCAUUGAGGGGGUGGGCAACCUGCGGCUUGGCUACUGGAACCAGCAGAUGGUGCCCAUCAAGGAGAUGACAGACGUGCUCAAAGUGGUGAAGGAGGUGGCCAACCUGAAACCAAAGUCCUGGGUCCGCCUCAAGCGGGGCAUCUACAAGGAUGACAUUGCUCAGGUGGACUACGUGGAGCCCAGCCAGAACACCAUCUCCCUGAAGAUGAUCCCACGCAUCGACUACGAUCGCAUCAAGGCCCGCAUGAGCUUGAAAGACUGGUUUGCCAAAAGGAAGAAGUUUAAGCGGCCUCCACAGAGGCUGUUUGAUGCUGAGAAGAUCAGGUCCCUGGGGGGUGAUGUUGCCUCUGAUGGUGACUUCCUCAUCUUUGAGGGGAACCGUUACAGCCGGAAGGGCUUUCUGUUCAAGAGCUUCGCCAUGUCUGCUGUGAUCACGGAGGGUGUGAAGCCAACACUCUCUGAGCUGGAAAAGUUUGAGGACCAGCCAGAGGGCAUUGACCUGGAGGUGGUGACUGAGAGCACAGGGAAGGAGCGGGAGCACAACUUCCAACCUGGGGACAACGUGGAGGUCUGUGAGGGUGAGCUCAUCAACCUGCAGGGCAAGAUCCUCAGCGUGGAUGGCAACAAGAUCACCAUCAUGCCCAAGCAUGAGGACCUCAAGGACAUGUUGGAGUUCCCAGCCCAGGAACUUCGGAAAUACUUCAAGAUGGGGGACCACGUGAAGGUGAUUGCCGGCCGAUUCGAGGGCGACACAGGCCUCAUUGUGCGGGUGGAGGAGAAUUUCGUUAUCCUGUUCUCUGACCUCACCAUGCAUGAGCUGAAGGUGCUCCCCCGGGACCUGCAGCUCUGCUCAGAGACAGCAUCAGGUGUGGAUGUUGGGGGCCAGCAUGAAUGGGGCGAGCUGGUGCAGCUGGAUCCCCAGACUGUGGGUGUCAUCGUGCGACUAGAACGGGAGACCUUCCAGGUGCUGAACAUGUACGGGAAGGUGGUGACUGUCAGACAUCAGGCUGUGACCCGGAAGAAGGACAACCGCUUUGCUGUGGCCUUGGACUCAGAGCAGAACAAUAUCCAUGUGAAAGACAUCGUUAAGGUCAUUGAUGGCCCCCACUCAGGCCGAGAAGGGGAGAUUCGCCAUCUUUUCCGAAGCUUCGCCUUCCUACAUUGCAAGAAACUGGUGGAGAACGGGGGCAUGUUUGUCUGCAAGACCCGCCACCUGGUGCUGGCUGGGGGCUCAAAGCCCCGUGAUGUGACCAACUUCACCGUGGGUGGCUUUGCGCCUAUGAGUCCCCGGAUCAGCAGCCCCAUGCACCCCAGUGCUGGAGGUCAGCGUGGCGGCUUUGGUAGCCCAGGUGGCGGCAGUGGUGGCAUGAGCAGGGGCCGGGGCCGGAGGGACAACGAACUCAUCGGCCAGACCGUGCGCAUCUCCCAGGGGCCCUACAAAGGCUACAUCGGUGUGGUGAAGGAUGCCACAGAGUCCACGGCCCGUGUGGAGCUGCACUCCACCUGCCAGACCAUCUCUGUGGACCGUCAGCGGCUCACCACGGUGGGCUCACGGCGCCCGGGCGGCAUGACCUCGACCUAUGGGAGGACGCCCAUGUAUGGCUCCCAGACGCCCAUGUAUGGCUCUGGCUCCCGAACACCCAUGUACGGCUCACAGACACCCCUCCAGGAUGGUAGCCGCACCCCACACUACGGCUCGCAGACGCCCCUGCAUGAUGGCAGCCGCACUCCUGCCCAGAGUGGGGCCUGGGACCCCAACAACCCCAACACGCCAUCACGGGCUGAGGAAGAAUAUGAGUAUGCUUUCGAUGAUGAGCCCACCCCGUCCCCGCAGGCCUAUGGGGGAACCCCCAAUCCCCAAACACCUGGCUACCCAGACCCCUCAUCCCCACAGGUCAACCCACAAUACAACCCACAGACGCCAGGGACGCCGGCCAUGUACAACACAGACCAGUUCUCUCCCUAUGCUGCCCCCUCCCCACAAGGUUCCUACCAGCCCAGCCCCAGCCCCCAGAGCUACCACCAGGUGGCGCCAAGCCCAGCAGGCUACCAGAAUACCCACUCCCCGGCCAGCUACCACCCUACACCGUCGCCCAUGGCCUAUCAGGCUAGCCCCAGCCCGAGCCCCGUUGGCUACAGUCCUAUGACACCUGGAGCUCCCUCCCCUGGUGGCUACAACCCACACACGCCAGGCUCAGGCAUCGAGCAGAACUCCAGCGACUGGGUAACCACUGACAUUCAGGUGAAGGUGCGGGACACCUACCUGGAUACACAGGUGGUGGGACAGACAGGUGUCAUCCGCAGUGUCACGGGGGGCAUGUGCUCUGUGUACCUGAAGGACAGUGAGAAGGUUGUCAGCAUUUCCAGUGAGCACCUGGAGCCUAUCACCCCCACCAAGAACAACAAGGUGAAAGUGAUCCUGGGCGAGGAUCGGGAAGCCACGGGCGUCCUACUGAGCAUUGAUGGUGAGGAUGGCAUUGUCCGUAUGGACCUUGAUGAGCAGCUCAAGAUCCUCAACCUCCGCUUCCUGGGGAAGCUCCUGGAAGCUUGAAGCAGGCAGGGCCGGUGGACUUCGUCGGAUGAAGAGUGAUCCUCCUUCCUUCCCUGGCCCUUGGCUGUGACACAAGAUCCUCCUGCAGGGCUAGGCGGAUUGUUCUGGAUUUCCUUUUGUUUUUCCUUUUAGUUUUCCAUCUUUUCCCUCCCUGGUGCUCAUUGGAAUCUGAGUAGAGUCUGGGGGAGGGUCCCCACCUUCCUGUACCUCCUCCCCACAGCUUGCUUUUGUUGUACCGUCUUUCAAUAAAAAGAAGCUGUUUGGUCUAAAA